AUGAAUUUACCAAUCCUAAAUGAAAAAGCUUUUGAAGCUUAUAAGAAGAUAAUGCCUUCCUCUUCAAUAAGGCAAUCGUCACCUAUCAAAACAAUUCACCCUAAUCGUCAUUUUUCUCAAGACUCUCUUAGGAAGCAAAGCACAAGUAAAAUUGAAUUGAGGAGAGAAAUGAGUCCUAUCAAAUCUAAAAAUUCAAAACAACGAAGCUCAAGCUACGUUAGUUUAAAGUCGCUUUCUAACUUUCCUCUAUACGCAAGAAAAUAAAUUGAAAAUUAUCCUUUGUGAAAAAAAUUUUUAAAUUUAAUAUCCUUUUAAAUCAAGUAACUUUAAUAAUGAUUAAUAUUAUUAUAAUGAGAUCUCCUGCUUGCAUUAAAAAAUAAAAAAGCUAAAAAUUGGUUACCCGCUCAAGGAGGGAGUAAGCCUAUUUUAGGAAAAACGAAUAUAGAAAGAAACAGCUGGCUUGAGACAAAUCCAGAACCAAUUAAGAGACUAAGCCCAAAAUAUAACUCCACUCAGUUAUACGAGCCAAUCGGAAAACUUUGAAAAUCCAAAGGAAUCGACAUAGAAAGCUCAGACGCCGCUCACAAAAUGCUUGAAAAUCUUAAAAAAAAGCUGAUCUUAAACAAACAUCAUCAAAUCAGGAAAUCAUCUGUAAAUGUUCUCGCUUCAGUUUAUAAAGUAAGCCCUGAAAAACUAAUUAAACAUAAACAACUAUAA